AUGGGGAUUUGCAUCAUGUUGUCAGACUGGCUGGAGCUGCCUGGGUCUCUGAUCCUCCUCACGGUGGUCGCCCCCGCCAUCUUCGCCGACACCUUCCGGGGCUCCUGGCUCAUCAUCGGCGUCGGCGUGUGCCUGGUCAUCGGGUGCUACCUGCUCCACGAGCACAUCAAGGCGUCGGGUGGCCUCAAGGAGGCCUUCAAGAAGCCCAAUGGCUGGUCCAACACCAUCGGCAUCCUCCUCCUCUUCAUCUACCCGGUACCUCUUGGUAUUGGACAAGACCAACUGGAAGACCAACAUGCUGACGGGACUCUUGGUCCCUUACAUUUUCUUCACCCUGCCUGGGGAGAGGUUGGUGCCUGGAUUGCAUUCGUUGUAGUCAUCCUGCGGCUCUUCUUCCCGCGUCACUUCCCUGAUUGGCUAGAGCUGCCUGGCUCUCUGAUUCUUCUCACGGUGGUCGCCCCCAGCCUCUUUGCGGAGCACUUCAGGAACGAUCUUGUCGGCGUCUUCAUAUGCCUCGCCAUCGGGUGCUACCUGCUCCAAGAGCACAUCAGGGUGUCAGGAGGCUUCAGGGAGGCCUUCAGGAAGGCCAAUGGCGUCUCCAACACCAUCGGCAUCGUCCUGCUCUUCGUCUACCCAGUCUGGGUCCUGGUGCUCUGGCUCCUGUAG